AUGGAUCCUUCAAGGAUAAGAGGAAAAAUCCGUCGCUUUCGAAUCCUCAUCAUAGGAAGAACGAAUGCAGGAAAAACUACCAUCCUUGGGAGAGUUUGCAACACACGGGACAACCCAGAAAUACAUGACAGCGCCGGGAACAAGAUCGAUCUUGCAACUAUAAAUGCAUCCAGAGAGCGCGGAGAGCACAACAUCAGCAAUGAAAUGGUGUUACGAAGCAACCCAGGAUUCGUCUUCCACGAUUCACGUGGUUUCGAGGCAGGCAGCGAAUCCGAAUUCGACAAGGUCAAGGAAUUUAUCACGAGCCGUUCAAAAGAAACCAGAAUAAGCGAUCAACUUCAUGCUAUCUGGUGA